GUGAAGAAGGGAAAAAAUGGCUUCUUCUUUUUCUUCUUCGAUGUGCGCUUCUUACUCUUCAGUAAUCUCGAGACCUUUUUAUAAUUCUCAACCGCAAUUCGCGUUCUUCUGUACCGGGAAACUCGGUUCGGUUCCCGAUUCGGGUGGGCGGUUCAGGUGUAUGGCUGGUCAAACCGGAUUCUUCACAAAGCUUGGGAGGCUAAUAAAGGAGAAGGCGAAGAGCGACGUUGAGAAGAUAUUCUCCGGCGGGUUCACGAAGACGCGGAAAAACCUCGCCGUCAUCGACGAGCUUCUUCUCUAUUGGAAUCUCUCCGACACCGAUCGAGUACUCGACGAGCUCGAAGAGGCUCUUUUGGUGUCUGAUUUUGGACCAAAAAUCACUAUUAAGAUAGUGGAGAAUUUGCGUGAGGAUAUAUUGUCAGGGAAGCUCAAAUCAGGCACUGAGAUAAAGGAAGCAUUGAAACAGAAUGUCUUGGAUUUGUUGACGACUAAGGGGAGUAAAACUGAACUUCAACUUGGAUUCAGGAAGCCAGCUGUAAUAAUGAUAGUUGGUGUUAAUGGUGGUGGAAAGACAACAUCUCUGGGAAAGCUGGCGUAUAGACUGAAGAAAGAAGGGGCAAAGAUACUGAUGGCUGCUGGUGAUACAUUUAGAGCAGCUGCUGGUGAUCAGCUAGAGAUAUGGGCUGAAAGGACUGAUUGUGAGAUUGUUAGGGCUGAAUCAGAGAAAGCCAAAGCAUCAUCAGUGCUUACACAAGCUGUGAAAAAGGGAAAAGAACUAGGUUUCGAUAUUGUUUUAUGCGAUACAUCUGGACGUUUACACACUAAUUACAGCCUAAUGGAAGAAUUGAUUUCUUGUAAAAAGGCAGUGAGCAAAGUCGUUGCUGGUGCCCCUAAUGAGAUCCUACUGGUUCUGGAUGGAACUACAGGUUUGAAUAUGCUGCCACAGACAAGAGAGUUCAAUGAGGUUGUAGGUGUUACGGGUUUAAUUUUGUCCAAGCUGGAUGGUUCUGCAAGAGGCGGCUGUGUGGUCAGUGUUGUUGAUGAGCUUGGAAUCCCUGUUAAAUUUGUGGGUGUUGGUGAACGUGUAGAAGACCUUCAACCCUUUGAUGCAGAGGCCUUUGUCAAUGCCAUCUUUUCAUAAACCAAUGUUAGGUUAUGUUAAUAUGGUAUGCGAAUUAUGAUUUGUUCUCGUCAUGAAAUUUUUUGCAAAUUUGUCAUGGUAUAACUGGAAUUACACGCAUUUUGAAAGUACAGAAAAUGGCUAAAACACUGUCCAAGACAUGUCUCUUGUAUAUCUCUAUUUAAGCUUUUGUUUAUAUCAGUUAUCCAAACAUACUUUUUACCCCAGCUUCUCUUUCUCUUCUAUGGACAGUAAUAAAAUGCUACCUUAAAAAUGUAGAACUCUAUGAAAAAUGAAAUAUUAGCAUUUUAGUUAAACCAGAAGCACUUUGAAUUGUAGCCUUGUGCUUGUAGGACAUUUUCUUGCUUGUAUUGGCUAUUUCAAUUUACUUUUCCAUACCAUUGUUGUAUAUGUUCUGCUUCAAGAUCAUUUAUUAGCAGAAAAGCUUGGCAUGGAUAUGAAGAGCCAAUACCAGGUCAUAGGAAAGACUGGCAGUGAAGCCAUGCUUAGGAGAGGGAAGGCAAUCAAGGCAUUACAAAAUUGUGUAAAUGAUUUUGUGGUGCAGAGACGAUAUUGCUUUUGAUGCACGUUAGGGUGUAUAGAAACAUUUUUCAUUCUCUGUGGCUCAGUUUUUGACAACACAAAGGUGUUUAUAUGAUGUGCAUGUAAACAUGUGCCCCAUUGUUUGUAAUAUAUCUGUUUGAUUAAUGAUAUGUUUUUCUUGCUUAGAUUUCUCAGGUUUUUCAGUUUCAACCAUAUCAAUUCAUCAUCUAUGCAAAUUUGCACUUGUAAAGGAAAUUUACCCAUAA